AUGGACACUUUACCAUUAACAGAAAACAAAAUAUUUCAAAGCUGGGUAGUUGAAACCGUUCCAUUGCUGACUCAAAAACGCAAUCCCCUAAAUAAACUACGUAAGUCGUUCCCGAAAAGGAAAACCUGGGUAGUCGUAGAUGCUCAACACCCAUAUCCACCAGAUGGACCAAGUCGAAAUGAAGUACACGAAGUUAUUCCAAAUAUAACUUUCCCAGACAUUCCAGUUCCAGCCCAACAACCAUGUCAUCCGAAUACUUAUCUUAGCGAGCAGUGCAAAUCUCUCAUUCAAAACAAGAAAACGCACGAUUUACCCAAACCCCAGUCAAAGCCAUGUUCACUUACCGCUUUAAUCAAAAACUGUUCGAGAUUUCGAUUAGUUCAUGGAUAUGAUGAUGCCCCAAUAACGAAAGAAGAAAGAGAAUUUCCUCUUGCAUUUGCGAUUAAGAUGCACACGUCACCAAUACAAGCUGAGCAACUUCUGCGCGUGAUUUACAGAUCUCACAAUUUCUACUGCAUCCAUGUGGACAAAAAAGCAGCUGACUGGAUAUUCAAAACUAUGGAAAGAAUAUCCAGAUGUUUUGAUAAUGUACAUGUGUUGGUUCGUCGCGAAAACGUGGUUUAUGCGAGCUAUGGCGUCAUCGCAGCUGAACUCAAGUGUAUGAAAGCUAGCAUGAAUGCGGGAAUCAAAUGGAAGUAUUAUCUAAAUCUGAGCGGACAGGAAUUCCCGCUGAGAACAAAUUUUGAAAUUGUGAAGAUACUGAAAUAUUUUAACGGUGCUAAUGACAUAGAAACGUUCGAUCUGCCACGUUCACAAGAAUGGCGAUAUAACGUAAAGCACCGUAUCCUGGAAGACAAAAUGUAUAAUUCACAAGAGACCAAAACUGAAUUUCAAUACAACCUGUCGCUGAGCAAGGGAAGCGCUUACGGAAUGUUUACUCGUGGAUUCAUUCAGUUUAUUCUCCAGGACGACAUUGUUCAGAAGUUCUUGGAAUGGCUUCAAGAUACUUAUUCUCCUGACGAAACAGCUUGGGCAACCUUGAACACGUUACCAUGGGCCCCGGGUGGUUAUUCUACCGAGUCACGUCACACAUUCGACACGCAUGCAUCACGUGCUGUGAUAUGGGAUUGGGAUCAUGGUGUCACGUGCCAUGGGAAACAUGUCAGAAGUGUUUGUGUUUUGGGGUCACGUGAUUUACCUUGGCUGUCAUUGCGACCGAACAUCUUUGCCAAUAAAUUCGACAUUGACUAUGACCCCGUUGCUAUAGAUUGUCUGGAACAAUUUAUAAAUUUCAGAACCAAACAUCCGACAUUUUCUCAGACUAACUGGAAAUAUUUUUUGAAUAUGCCUCACGUGGCUCAUUACAGGACCAAAAAUAGAACGGAAUCCGUGGAAACAUUUCUACAGCAACGAAAACAGACAUGGCUGAACAGACACGAGCGAGAUAGUAAACGCUGAGAAAUCAAUCACAAGUUUACAUUUGUAAAGGUUUGGGAUGCGUAAUACUGCGAUAAACAUUCUAAAAAUGUUGACCAUGACCCGAUGGACAGAAUUCUUCGACGUUUAUCAGCUGUAAAGAAUGGAAACAGUAAUCAUACUGUCAUUUGUGCUGUGCUAAUGGCCAUCUUGUUUUGGACCAUAUUACGUGGUAGAAUUGUCACGAAGCCGAGUCCCCUAUCGUCAAAAUGCGACGACAUCAAUGGAAUGUUAUCUUUGACUUAUCAAUAUAAAUACAAUGCUUCACUUGUAUUUAAUGAAACGCUUGGAACAAUCCUUAGUCUCAUAUUGAAUUGACACUCGGCAAACCUCGGCAGAUUCCGUUACUCUACAUCUAGAUGCAGGGUACCGUAAUCUGCUGAGGUUUGCCGAGUGAUUGAUUUGGCUGCUCUUAAUACCCGAAGUGAUUCUGUAAACAACCACUGUGCAAGCCUUUAAAAUUACUUUUUGUGUACCUUGUUGACAUGUUGCCAUGAACAAGACUUUUCCUUUGACAUUUUGGCUACAUUUUCCAUUAAUCCGGUAACCUUGGAAACCGGAAUUGCUGUUAAUUUUGAGCACUAUGAGUACGUGUUGGUACAAACAGGUUCGCUGUAAGUCCAAAUCGGGUGUGACCUAAAGACGUAGUUAAUUAUUUAAUCUAAACUUUACAUCACUGUCAUCUAUAGAAUCCGGUUUAAGCGCUCGACCUGGCUCGACCAUCUUUGUUUUAAGGGGAUAAAGAAGUUCUACAACACAUUAAAUGUCAAUCUGACUCCAUCUUCUUUAAUCUUACACCCAUUAAAACUAUUUCCAGGUUUUUUUAUUCAUUUGUUAUUCAAAUUGUUUUUCUUUAGUGCUUGAGAUUUUUUUGUAAAUACAAUUCCACUAAUCAUUGUGACGUGACGAAGGUCAUGAACUAUUUUUAGAAUCACGACAUCUUUAUUUGGAUAUGUGCGUGUUUAAUAUUCUUUAGAA